AUGGCAACAGCGGAUCCAGCUGUGCUCCAGAGAUCAUCUCAGGACAUGAAGCAAAGAAAGAAACCCCUGCUAAAGGGCAUGGUAGAGAAGGCAGCGAUCACAUGGAAGGCCCUGAAUGCCCCACGUCAGUUAAAACCUAACAGCAUGGAGACAGAAAGAAUCGUAACUGUCUUGGAUGAGACGAUUGCCAAGCUGGAGCUGAGCAGUUUGCUCCCACGUAUUAUUGACUCCCUGGACAGGUUUGCUGAUAUGCUGGGCCCUGAGAUCACAAACAGCCUGAUGGAGCACCAAAAGCUUUCAAAUGAAAUGGAGCACCUACUUGCCAGCUUUGAAGAAGGGGACACCAUGAGAGCUGAGGAACGACGGAGCUGUUUCUGCUUGCUAGAGCAACGCCUGAAAUGUUCUGCUAGGAAUGCCCUGAGACUCUUGCUGGCCAACCCUUUGCUUUGCCAGGCUCUGAAAUAUGAAUUUCAGGCGAGGGAGUCACCAGCUGAGAUGUUUAUCAAAGCCUUUGGGGAGUUCAGGAAUUUCAUGCUUGAGAGGCUCCUGACUAGUCCCGUGGAAGAGGAAGGAAGGAUUCAGUUCAUGGAAGACAUCUCCCUCCAGAUGAAGAAAAACACUGAAGCAAUCUCAGCUUUACAGGCAGAACUGGCAGCAGCAAUCCGGACUCGAGAGGAG